CAUACCUCCCAGGGUAGGAAUCUGUGUACUGUAUCUCUGACUAAGCUGGAUGCUGAUCAUUGCUGGGAGUUUGGGUGUGAUCGCAUCCUCAAAUAUAUUAUCUGUAUGUUCUACUAGUAUAGAUAAACAUUGCCUUGUGUCUUUUGAUUACAGUGUGUUGGGUGUUAACCACAGUUUUAGAUAUAAGGAAUUUGCCAGGUUGAUUCGGACUUAGCUUUAUCCAAAAUACUAGCUUCCAUGUUGUCCUUUUUGGACGUGCUUUUCUUUGGGGUUUGAAGCUUCUGUUUUGCAUUCUUGGUACAUCCAGCAGUGUGGUUGUAGCUUCCUUUGCAGGCCUACAUAUGGUGUGCAUUUGAAACUGUCACUGUAAUAACACUAACCUGGUAGGUCACCUCUGUCUUGUGAAGCUCUAGUCUGGUGUUGGUUCUUACCAUUUAAAGGAUGACUACUCUGAAAUUCAACAAAUGUAAUGAAAGUCUUAAACAAGAUCCUUGAAUGAACUGGAACAAGGCUUAGUACGAAUAGUUGCAGGAAAACUAGCUAUCAUACAUAGUUUUGCUGUUGAUGUAUCAGACUAUCUGCUAAGCAUCCGUUCUGCUAGCUGUUGGUAUAAUUGAGUAUGAAACAGAAAAUCUACUUUUAUUUCUGUAUUAGGUAGCAAGAAAUAUGCUUUGGUAUUGAUGUGUUUUCCCUACCAGUUUGAACCUAUUUUGCAUGAGUUUGAACAGUGUGUGUGAGUAUUUGAAAGGAAGGGAACAUAGCAAUGUGCUUUGGUUUUGACUGACCUGGACUGAAGAUAUACAUAUUGUGUAAUCCACCUGAAUAGCCUUUCUUUUUAUAACUUAUAGAUCCAUGGAAAUUAGGUAGAAGGUACCUAGAUUGAUUUGUCCCUGGGCCCAGGUAUGGGUGGUACAGUUCCUUUAACUGGUCUUCAGGUCUUAAGUGAGAGGUGACUUGCUGAGUUUGGUGGAAGCAAGGGAAGAGCAACAAGCAUUUGUUUGUAGCGUAGUAAUUUUAAUAUAAUCCGAUAUUCCUCUCUAGUGCUUGUUACUCAUAAGCAAGGAGUGCUGUGCUGCUGAUAAAAAUAGAUUGGGCUUGUUCUGAUCUUUUAAAAAUGCCCUUAAUACAGUAGCACAGGCUUUGCCUUAGAACAUCUGACUUUUAAUUCUGAUUGUGAAGUCAAGUGAGUUUUCAGUUGACCAAAGAAAUGGUGAUGGAGAAGCCAAGUCCCCUGCUGGUCGGGCGGGAAUUUGUGAGGCAGUACUAUACUCUGCUGCAACAACAACCUCAUUUUCACAGGUUUUAUGGUAAGAACUCUUCCUAUGUCCAUGGCGGCUUGGAUUCCAAUGGAAAACCAGCUGACGCAGUCUAUGGGCAAUCUGAUAUCCACAAGAAGGUGCUGUCAUUAAACUUCAAGGAUUGCCACACAAAGAUUCGUCAUGUGGAUGCCCAUGCGACGCUCAAUGAUGGUGUUGUAGUCCAGGUGAUGGGAGAGCUCUCCAACAACAUGCAGCCCGUGCGCAGAUUCAUGCAAACAUUUGUACUUGCACCUGAGGGUUCUGUUGCAAACAAGUUUUAUGUCCACAAUGACAUCUUCCGCUACCAAGAUGAGGUUUUUGGUGACUCUGACACUGAGCCUCCAGAGGAAUCAGAAGAGGAAGGGGAGGAACCUGAAGAAAGACAGCAGACACCUGAGGCUGUUCCUGAUGAUACUGGUGCUUAUUAUGAGCAAGCUGUCAGCAAUGACAUUGAGGAACACCUGGAAGAGACAACUGCAGAGGCAGAACCUGAGCCAGAGCCAGAACCUGAACAGGAACCUGAACCAGAAGUGCAGGAAGAAAAAUCUGAGCCGGUAUUAGAGGAGUCUGCUCCAGAAGAGACUGUGGAAAAGAGUCCUUCUCCAGCUCCUGCUGAUCCAGCUCCAGCUGUGCAAGAGGACUCCAGGACGUUUUCCUGGGCGUCAGUAACCAGUAAGAACCUCCCUCCCAGUGGAGCUGUUCCCGUAUCAGGAAUACCACCCCAUGUUGUGAAAGUACCAGUCUCACAGCCCCGCCCUGAGGCAAAGCCUGAAUCUCAGACUCCACCUCAGAGACCGCAAAGGGAUCAGCGAGUGAGGGAGCAACGAACAAACAUCCCACCACAGAGAGGUCCUAGACCAAUUCGUGAGGGUGAACAAGGUGAUGUGGAAACUAGACGGAUUGUGAGAUACCCAGACAGUCAUCAGCUGUUUGUUGGGAACCUUCCCCAUGAUGUGGAUAAAACUGAACUUAAAGACUUUUUCCAAAAACUUGGCUUUUCUCUUGCAGGCUAUGGCAAUGUUGUUGAACUCCGCAUCAACAGUGGUGGAAAGCUCCCCAAUUUUGGGUUUGUGGUGUUUGAUGAUCCUGAACCAGUUCAGAAGAUCCUUAGCAGCAGGCCCAUCAUGUUCAGGGGAGAGGUACGCCUGAAUGUGGAGGAGAAGAAAACACGAGCUGCCAGGGAGGGUGACCGCCGAGAUAACAGACCACGUGGACCUGGAGGCACUCGUGGGGGGCUGGGAGGUGGGAUUCGAGGGCCUCCACGUGGAGGAAUGUCCCAGAAACCAGGAUUUGGAGCUGGAAGGGGGAUCGGGCAACGCCAGUGAAUGCAUCACGGAUGUUGACAUGGUGGCGCAAACCCUCUUACCUGCAGAUUUGUGAAUUUCAGCCUUGGGUAUCUUGGAAUGUGGCCCUAGCCUGUUAUAGACUGCUACGUUUGAUACUAUUUUGGCCCCUUUUUGUUUGUGUUAUGGUUUUGUGAUAAUUUUUUUCUAGUCCUUGUCCCAGAUUCCAGCUUUGUGGAACAACGUUUUAGGAAAAGUGGAUUUUAAAAAGAAAAGAACUGAAUUUUCUUGUUCACCUCAAACUUACGGACUGGAUUUUUUUGGUACCAGUGGUCUUUCCUAAAGGAAUGUCUCUUUAUUUUUUCUUUUUCUUUUUUUUCUCCCCCCUUUCUACUGAAUUUGGUGCAUUUCAGUAAGUGGAAUAAUAUUUCGCGUGCAUGUGUUCAACCGCCUGUAGGAAAACAUAGUACUUGGCAAGUACUUCAAGGGCAGAAAAACA